AAAGAAAAAGCAUUGGACCAUUGGUCAGUGGUCACCAAUAGAAAGAAAAGACUUAUUACAGAAAGCCGUGCACACCACGCGCCCUAAAUUCCCGACUCAUUUCAACUUUCCCAACAGCUGUUUGACUUCCACUCCACUCCACCCUAAUCAAAUCCAGUCCAUUAUCACACACCAUCGCUAGCUCUCAUCUGUUACAAGCUUCUUACAACCUUUUCUUUUUCCUUGUCGUUCUCAGGUUAACAAGUCUGUUUCUGACAUUUUUUUUUUCGAAUAUAGCUCAUCUGAUAUAACAACGUAUGGCUGAUUGCCAAAACGCGGAUAGCUUACUGAAUCUGGAGUCGUUGAGAAAGAGUUUGGUCCGACAGGAGGAUUCUAUCAUCUUCUGUCUGAUUGAGAGGUCAAAAUAUCCCAUCAAUUCAGGGCUUUACGAUGAUAAGUAUUCAGACAAAUUUUCGUCUUCUUUGUUAGAAUUCUUUAUUAAGGAAUCCGAAGCUCUUCAGGCAAAGGCUGGCCGUUAUACUUCUGAGGAAGAGAAUGCGUUUUUCCCCGACAAUUUACCAUCUCCAAUACUUCCAUCACAUGAUCAUACACCAGUUCUGCACCCUCAAGGAGCUUCCAUUAACAUAAAUGAAAAGAUACUGAAUGAGUUGUACCUCAAGAAUUUACUUCCUCUAAUUGCCGGCGAGGGUAGUGAUGGUAAUUACGCACCCACUGCCACCAGUGAUCUCAAUUGUUUGCAGGCUCUCUCGAAAAGGAUUCAUUUGGGAAAAUUCGUGGCCGAGGUUAAAUUCAGAGAUGCGCCUGACGAUUAUAUCCCUGCAAUACGUGCUAAGGAUAGGGAAGCUUUGAUGAAGUUAUUGACUUUCGAAAGUGUUGAAGACAUGAUCAAGAAAAGAGUGGAAAAGAAGGCCAAGAUAUUCGGACAGGAAGUGGAACUCAAAGAAAACGAAACCAACAUGAAUUACAAGGUUAAUCCAUCAGUAGUUUCUUGCUUGUAUGGCAAUUGGGUCAUCCCUUUGACCAAAUUCGUCGAGGUCGAGUACCUUCUUCGCCGUCUGGAUUGAAACCUGUUUAACCAUUUCAAAUUUUCAAAGUUUGUUUGGAAAGAUGGACCGAGAUUUGCUGUGGAAACUUGAAAAUUGGCUCUAUAGUUCAAGAUUUGUCUGAAUAAGAUGUAUUUGCUUAUCUGUUUUGUAUUGACUAGUAAAGUGCACGUGCGAUGCACGUGGUGGCGAAUGUUUUUUCCCAAUUACGUCUAGUAAAAUAAAUUAAUUAAUUUAUUAAAAAUAUCAUUACAAGAAUGAAAUAAAA